AUGGUCGAACUGAGCAAAGGGGCCGCAGGGAAGAUUGUUUGCCAUGCCAGACAGCAUGUUACCCGUGCUGUCGUUGGCCUCCUCCUGGGCCAGCCCGGCUCGGACGCCGUCACUGACGUUGUCCCCCUCGCCCACACCCUCCUGGCUCUGACGGCGGUGGAGGAGGCGGCGCUGAACAUGAUCGAGGCCCACGCUGCAAGCCAGGACCUCGCCAUUGUUGGCGUCUACUACGGCAACGCCCGCCAGGACGACUGCUCCGUCCCGCCGGCGGUCCUCGCGCUGUCGUCGGCUGUCGGCGGGUGCAUCGUGGCGGUCGACGGGCCGGCGUUCGGACCCUUUGCCGCCGCCGUCGCCGACCACAUUCCGCUCCGCGCUGUUGAGGCUCCGGUCGGCAGCGCCGGCUCAGGUGCCGCCGACGGCGCCCACGCCUCGCUUCCGGCCUCAGGCCUCCCGCUUGCCGACACUACCCCGCUCGCCCUCACCAUCGACGGCGUCGACGUCCCUUCACCCUCGGCCACCAACGCCGCUGCCGCUGCCGCUGCCGCCGCGUCCGAGUCUGCACCGGCCGCCCUCGCGCCCACCGUCGCCCUUCUCCGUGCCGGCCUCGCCGGCCUCACCGACGGCACCGUCUCCAUCGCCGACUACGACGACCACAUGGACUCGCUCGUCCAUGACUGGCGCAACCCUUCGUUUGAUGCCUUUGUCCUCACCCACAAGUAACCACACAAUCCCAG